GUUCCUACCGGAAGUGUAAAAACAAUACAACAGCUUCUGAUUUAAAACUGCCUGUUUUCGCUCCAAAAGUCGUAUUCGCCUUCGAAGAAAAUUGACACGGCACCGUAUAAUUAAUUUUAAAUAUAAAGUCUCCAUGGCUCAGGAUUUCCUCCCAGGCAUGGAGAGCUCUGCCAUCUCUGUCUUAAAGAGAGCCGUGGAGCUGGAUCACAGCUCACGCUUUCAGGAGGCUCUGGUGUGCUACCAGGAGGGGAUACAGCUCCUGCUGGAUGUACUGAAAGCUGUAAAAGAUGAUUCAAAGAAGGGUCACUACAGAGAGAAGAUCAAGGGCUACAUGGACCGAGCAGAACAGAUCAAAGACCAUGUGAACAAACUGAAAGAAGAGGGUAAAUACCACGAGCAGCUAAAGAUAGCUGACAGUUCCACUGGUUUCAGCUAUGAAUCUCUCUUCAAACCCUACAUCAGAGACGGACUGACUGAAGUCUGGGUGGAGGACCCGUAUGUACGGCAUGUCCAUCAGUUGUAUAACUUCCUUCGUUUCUGUGAAAUGCUGCUGAAAUGCCGGUGUAAAGUAAAGACGAUUCACCUUCUGACCUCACAGGACGAGGACAGCUAUGCUCAGCAAACCAGUGCCCUGGCAGAAAUACAGCAGUCGCUACAGAGUCAAAAUAUCUGUCUGGACAUUCAGUACUCAUCUACUAUUCAUGACCGGGAGAUCAGGUUUAAUAAUGGUUGGAUUAUUAAGAUCGGGAGGGGACUUGAUUAUUUCAAAAAACCAAAGGGUCGCUUCUUUGUAGGAUACUGUGAUUAUGAUCUGCGAGAGUGUCACGAGACAACUGUAGACAUUUUUCAUACAAAACACACCAAGACGAUGUAAUCUUGCUUCAAAAGCUUCUCCACUGUCUGGCAUAUCUAUGGGACGUAUACCAACCCGGACGACUGGAAUUGUGCCUUUUGAUCCCAUUUACAGCUUUUAAAUAAUGCCAAAGGAGUGAUUUUAUUGCCUGUUUUAAAAUGUUCCGAUAUGAAUUAUUAUUAUAGUAAUUACAACUAUAACAAUUGCUAUUACUUCUAAACAUUUUUUAUGCACUAGUAUAUGGUGGGGUGAAUGAUACUGAUAUGUAUUUAUAAUAUGUUUGCUUCUGUAAUUAUAAAAAAAACCGAAGUGCAUUUGUAAAUAAGGUAGUAGGCCUAAUCUGUAAAAUGUUUGUCGCUAGUAAGUGCCCUUAAUAAAAACGUUUUGCAAAGGGGUAUUUUUACUGACUC